GUUAGCCAUGCCUAGCCUGGUAGUACCAGGGAUAAUGGAAAGGAACGGGGGUUUCGGCGAUUUAGGCUGUUUCGGUGGGAGCGGCAAAGACAGAGCGCUGCUGGAGGAUGACCGGGCGCUGCAGCUCGCCCUGGACCAGCUCUGCCUGCUGGGGCUAGGCGAGCCUUCCUCCUCCUCCUCCUCCUCCGCCGUGGUGCUGGUGGAGGACAGCAACAACAACAACAAUAACCCGCCGCCGCCGCCGCCGCAGCAGCCCCCGCCGCCGCCGCCGCCACCGCAGCAGCAACCGCCGCCGCCUCCACCACCUCCACCGGCCCCGAAAGGUUCGGCGGUCCCCGGCGGCGGAGCGGCGGAACCGAAGUUGUGCGCUCUGUACAAAGAGGCCGAGCUGAGGCUGAAGAGCAGCUCCAACACCACCGAGUGCGUCCCGGUGCCCAGCUCCGAGCACGUGGCCGAGAUCGUGGGACGGCAAGGCUGCAAGAUCAAAGCCCUGCGCGCCAAGACCAACACCUACAUCAAGACGCCGGUGCGGGGCGAGGAGCCGGUGUUCAUGGUCACCGGGCGGCGGGAGGACGUGGCCAUGGCUCGGCGGGAGAUCAUCUCCGCCGCCGAGCACUUCUCCAUGAUCAGAGCCUCCCGCAACAAGGCCGGCACCGCCUUCGGCAGCGCCCCCACCCUGCCCGGCCAAGUCACCAUCCGGGUGCGGGUGCCCUACCGCGUGGUGGGCUUGGUGGUGGGACCCAAGGGGGCGACCAUCAAGAGGAUCCAGCAGCAGACCAACACUUACAUCAUCACCCCCAGCCGGGACCGGGACCCCGUCUUCGAGAUCACCGGAGCGCCGGGCAACGUGGAGAGGGCCAGGGAGGAGAUCGAGACCCACAUCGCGGUCAGGACGGGGAAGAUCCUGGAGUACAACAACGAAAAUGACUUCCUGGCCAGCAGCCCCGACUCCGGCAUGGAGAAUCGCUACUCGGAGGCGUGGAGGGUCCACACGCCGGCGCCGGGCUGCAAGCCCCUCUCCACCUUCCGCCAGAACAGCCUGGGCUGCAUCGGGGACUGCUCGGUGGAUCCUGUCUACGAGACCCCGCGGCUGAACGACCAAAACGACUUCAAUUACGGUUACCUCUUCCCCAACUACGGCGGCGGCGGCGGCGGCGGCGGCGGCGGCGGCGGCGUCAGCAAGCAGGAUCUGUACUACGGCGUGCCGGAGUCUGGCGCCCCCAUGUGGGCAGGGCAGGAAAACGCCAACCCGGUCUCGGUGCUCUUCUCCAAGCAGCAGCGGUCCGGCAGCGCCGGCGCCCUCCACCCCAACUCGCAUCGUUCCCCUUCGUCCUCCAUCCAAGAGCCCAACCUCGGCGGUCUUCCCAGGAGGUCCCAGGGGGACGCCCUCCAAGGUUUUAGCAAGCUGGGGAGCAGCGGAGCCGCCCGGACGUCCGUCUCCAGCGGCAGCAGCCGGGAGUGCAUGGUGUGCUUCGAGAGCGAGGUGACGGCGGCGCUGGUGCCCUGCGGCCACAACCUCUUCUGCAUGGAGUGCGCCGUCAGGAUCUGCGAGAGGACUGAUCCCGAGUGCCCUGUGUGCCACGCUGCAGCCACUCAGGCCAUUAGAAUAUUUUCCUAAAGAGACCCAAG